CUGCCCUGUGAGAGAAGCAUUCUAGUCCAAAGUCCCUCCUUGGCUUGUACCUCGCUCCUACCGAUUUGUCUCCCUCCUCUCUGCAAAACCCCUCUCCCUUUCUGCACCUUCAUCAAUACUGAGAUCCCAUAAAUCUCUUCACAAGUCCUCCUUCUCUCUCUCUCUCUCUCUCUCUCUCUCUCUCUCUUCAUAUAUUCAUCUGUAUCUGUAUGGCUCCAUUAUUGCCAAUUGCAAUGCUUUAGAAACUGAGCGGCCUUCUGGUGGUUCUUCUUAUGGACUAUGAACUUUCAGAUAGUAGCGGUACUGAUGAUGAUCUGCCUCCAUCACAUCGAAAUACAAUUCCAAAAGGAGAAAGAAUUGUAGGAAACGGAAGAUCUGCUGUUGGUUCUACCACAUAUUCUAGAAUGCAUACUGACAUGGAGGCUCAAAUUCAUCAACUUGAACAAGAAGCUUACAGUGCUGUAUUGCGUGCUUUUAAGGCUCAGUCUGAUGCCAUUUCUUGGGAGAAGGAGGGUUUAAUAACAGAACUUAGGAAAGAGCUCAGAGUAUCAGAUGAUCAACACAGAGAGCUUCUGACCAGAGUUAAUGGGGAUGAGAUCAUUAGAAGGAUCAGGGAGUGGAGACAGGCCGGUGGACACCAAGCUGCAAGGAGCAGUGCAUCACAGCCAGUUCAUGAUCUUGUACCCAGUCCAAGUGUUUCAGGCUCCCGUAAAAAACAGAAGACAUCUCAAACGCAGGGUCAACCAAUGCCUUCAAUGAAGUAUAUGCAAUACCCUUCUACAGGUCCUGCUGGAAACCAUCGUUAUGUUAGCCGCAUCGCUUCUGGAGCCCUUGCUGCAAAUGAACAUGCUGAAGCAACUACUUCUGAUCCAUUAAUUGGAAGGAAAGUGUGGACAAGAUGGCCAGAGGACAACAACUUUUAUGAGGCUGUCAUAACCGAUUAUAACCCUGUUGAGGGCCGACACGCUCUAGUCUAUGAUAUAAGUACAGCUAAUGAGACAUGGGAAUGGGUUAACCUCAAAGAGAUAUCUCCAGAGGAUAUCCAAUGGGAAGGGGAGGAUCCAGGAAUUUCUCAUUGUGGUGUCCAUGGUGGGCCAGGCCGUGGAAUCAAGAAAUCCAUGAACCAUGCUGGCUAUCCCAGUGUUGGAAGAGGGAGGGGAUCCAUAAAGGGUCAAUCCAGGAGAGAAUUCCUGCCAACACAGAAUGGUUUUACAAAGAAAGUUUCUGAUGACAUUGAAUUAUUCAACACAGAGACACUAGUUCAGGAGGUGGAGAAGGUUUUUGCUUUAAGUCAUCCUGAUCCCCAUGAACUCGAGAAGGCAAAAAGGAUGCUAAAAGAGCAUGAACAGGCACUUGUCGAGGCGAUUACAAGGCUUGCAGAUGAAUCUGACGGUGAAAGUGGUGAACACCAAUUCUUGCAUGGCCAAGCAAUGGAAUGAGAAUAGAGGUUGAGAAAAAGAAUUUGGCAGAAAACUACAAUGAUGGUCAGAGGAAGGGCUAAUGGUUCGUUGAAACUGUUGAUUAUAGCUUCAUCAAAUUUCGUCAACCAAGCAAGAUUGUGUGACAUUGUUUUCUUUCAAUUUUUUUUCCUGGUUGGAUUUGUACCUCUUCCGUACUUCUAACACACACAUGGCCUAACUUUUUAGGCACACAUGGCAAAACAGCCACUUGAUUUUACCCUAUGGGGACCACCAUAAAUUUGUAGACUGAUUUUCAAAUUUAAUUAAGCUAAUUGUUUAAUUCA